AUGAGACUAAGCUGCCAAAGUUAUGGCGGAAAAAUGCAGAGGAAAUCCUGCAAUCUCACAAAUGUCCUCCCAUUCCUUCUCCGACCAAAACCCAAACCCCAACCCGCGAUUCUCUUCUGCAUCCGAUCGCUCUACCCUCAACGGAGUUCCCACCUCACCGAUGAUUCCAAAUCGGCCGCGGAAGCCCGCAUCACGGAUGAGUUCUCCUCCGACGUGGAAAAACUAUACCGCAUCCUCCGCAAGUUCCACAUUCGGCCGGAUAAGCUUGAUCUUGCGCUGCGCGACUCCGAUGUAUCUCUCCGCCCGGGCCUCCUCGAACGCGUCAUACGCCGUUGCGGCCCCGCCGCUGAUCUUGCCAUCUCUUUCUUCUCGUGGCUCUCCCGCCGCCGACCUGAUCUCCCCCAAUCUGCCGCCGCCCACCGCGCCCUCCUCUCCUCCCUCACUCGUGCCCGCCACUUCGGCGCCGCCUGGGCCCUCCUCGAUCGGAUGCGCCGCGAACUCCCCGAUGCCCUUACCACCGACGUCUUCGUCGCCCUCAUCCGCCGGUUCGCCGCAGCCCGUAUGGUUUCCAAGGCCGUUCAGGUACUUGAUGAAAUGACAGCAUACGGAUGCGCUCCAGACGACUACGUAUUCGCCUGUCUCCUUGAUGCCCUCUGCAAGAACGGUAGCGUCAAGGAGGCCGCCUCCCUCUUCCGUGACAUGCGCUACCGCUUCCCCCCAAACCUACGCCAUUUCACUUCCCUCCUUUACGGCUGGUGCCGCGCUGGGAAGCUCGAUGAGGCCAAAUUCAUUCUGGUUCAGAUGCGGGAAGCGGGUUUUGAGCCCGACAUCGUCGUCUACAACACUCUCCUAGCCGGCUUUGCUGCUGCCGGUAAGAUGGAAGAUUCCUACGCCCUUCUCACCGAGAUGAGUCGUAAAGGGUGCGAGCCCAAUGUCAUCUCAUACACGACUCUCAUCCAGGCUCUCUGUACGAGGGACUGCUUGGACGAUGCCAUGAGAGUGUUUGUAGAAAUGCGCAGUCGAGGCUGCGUUCCGGAUAUUGUAGCCUAUAAUACUCUCAUUUCUGGGUUCUGCAAGUCAGGAAGGCUAGACCGAGCUUAUGAGUUCUUGGAUGCAAUGGAUACCAUGGCAAUGCAAGGCUGUGCACCUAACCCUAGCACAUACUUCCCCAUCUUUACUGGGCACGAGCUUAAGGAGGAUAUCGACAAGUGCUUUGAGCUCAUGAGUAGAAUGUCGAAAGCUGGCUGCUUGCCUGACCUUGGCAUCUACAAUGUGGUAAUCCGCUUGUCCUGCAAAUUGGCCGAGUUGAAGAGAGCAGUUGUUAUAUGGAAUGAGAUGGAGGCCAGUGGCCUUAGCCCUGGGCUUGACACCUUCAUCAUUAUGAUACAUGGAUUUAUCAACCAAGGUUUCCUCAUCGAAGCUUCUGGAUACUUCAAGGAAAUGGUAGUGAGAGGGCUUUUUUCUGCUCCACAGUAUGGCACGCUUAAAGAGCUGUUGAACUCUCUUCUGAGGGCUGAGAAGCUUGAGCUAGCCAUGGAUGUGUGGACCUGCAUUGUGAGCAAGGGUUGUGAGCUCAAUGUGUAUGCUUGGACCAUAUGGAUACAUGCACUGUUCUCAAAUAAGCAUGUGAAGGAGGCAUGUUCUUACUGCUUGGACAUGAUGGAUGCGGGGCUCAUGCCACAACCAGAUACUUUUGCGAAGCUAAUGAAGGGGUUAAAGAAGCUCUAUAAUCGGCAGAUUGCGGCGGAGAUCACAGAGAAGGUGAGAGUAAUGGCGGCAGAGAGGAAUGUUACUUUUAAGAUGUAUAAGAGGAGGGGUGAGAUGGACUUGGAGAGGAAGAAGCAGAGGGCAAGGAAGAAGAGGAGAGAAGGCAGACAACGGCGAGCUUGUCAAGGCGGCAAUAAAGCUAACAUUUUGGGUCCUUAUGGGUUGAAGGUGGACCUAGUAUGAUGCAAAUUUUGGUGCCGCAGAGUGGAAGUUCAGUGAAGGAAGACGAUUCCUUGUGAAAGAGGUAAAUCAAUGUAUGGCAGAUAUCUAUUCAUUUUGGCUACUCGAGAGAUUUCUCUUGAUAGUUCUACGUUUCUGUUGUGUCAAGAACAUUAAAAUUUUGGUGGGAUAAUCUGUUAGCACUGUAACUCAAGCGCACAGCGCGAGGUCUAAUUAUUGACUAUAAUAAAGCAAAUGAAGUUCCAUUAAAGGACCUUAGAUGAA